AAGCUUUGAAGACACAUUUGAUGCGUAUGAUGAUAAAAUCAACGCAGAGACAGAUCUUGAAAAGAAGAAAAAAUUGUUGGAGAAGGUGGGGGCAUGGAAGGAUUCUCUUAGAAAAAGCUGCAACUUUAACAGGAAUGGUAUGAGAGUCCAAAUUCAUAAUCGACAUUGUGAAUAUUAUAAGAAAGAAGCUGGAAUACAAGGCCCUAUACAUUGAGGAGAAAGUAGUGGGAAUAAAGGAUGACGUUGAUGCGAUCGAAUCAUGGUUACAAGAUCCUUCACCUGAUGCAGUAGUCCUUCUCAUUGCAGGGAUGGGGGGCAUUGGGAAAACAACCAUAGCCAAAUGCAUAUUUAACACAAACUCUAGUUUCUAUGAGGACAAUUGUUUUCUUGCGGAUAUUAAUAAGAUGGUGUCGAAUCAAGAUAAGGAAAUGUGUCGCUUGCAGAGUCAGCUUCUUUCCACAAUUUUAAAGAAUGAUAAGGAAGAAACUAUAUGGAAUGUUCAUGAAGGAACCGACAAGGUUACGAAAGUCAUAUCCAACAAAAAGGUACUUGUUAUCCUUGAUUAUGUUGCAACAAGGAAACAGUUGGAUGCAUUACUAGGACCGAAAAGGUUUUAUCCUGGAAGUAAAGUGAUCAUAACAACCAGGCACAAGGACUUGUUAACUGCAUUCUCAGUUCAUCCUCAGGUCCACCCUGUUGGAACAUUAUCAGCGGAUGACGCUAUUGAGCUCUUUUGUUUGUAUUCCUUUCAUCAACAUCAACCCGUUGAACCCUACAUUAGCCAAUCACAAGUAUUUGUUCACCAUUGCAAGCGCCUUCCUUUGGCUCUUAAAGUAUUGGGGUCGUCCUUAUGUGGUAAGACAAUUGAUGAAUGGGAAGAUACAAUGCGCCAGGUGGCAGCCAAUCCUGAUCCUGUAGAGAUUCAGGAAGUUCUAGAAAUAAGUUAUACAAAUUUGAAAUGUGACAUGGAUAAGUCGAUAUUCUUGCAUAUUGCUUGUUUCCUUGAGGGUGAGGAAAAAGACUACAUUAUAAAAUUACUGGCCCAAUGUGAUCUAUACACUGUUGUUGGGAUCAGGAAUCUGAUGUACAGAUGUCUAGUGUAUGUUGAAGAUGGGAGAGUGAUGAUGCAUCAAUUAAUCAAGGAGAUGGGACGAGAAGUUGUUCGCAAGGAAUCACCAAAGGAGCCUGGGAAAAGAAGUAGAUUGUGGCACCAUCAGGAUUGUAUUGAUGUGUUGCAAGACCAAUCCGGUACAGGAAAAGUUGAAGGACUCAGGAUUGAUCUGCAAAAGACCGAGGAAGCUGAUUCAACUUCAGCUAUAACUAUAAAUAAUCCAAGGAAACAUAGCUUAGAAGGCAAAAGAAUGCAUGGAAAUGAUGCAAAUUUCGAAAUUGGUGCGCUGGAAAAGAUGAAGAACUUAAUGUUACUUCAACUAAACUAUGUAAUGUUUUCUGGGACAUGCAGGAGGACGUUGCCCAGAAAGCUACGAUUGUUGAGGUGGCAUGGAUGUCCUCUAGAAGCUAUACCAAGUGAAAGCUGUUUGAAGAAGUUGGUGGUUCUUGACAUGAGUCACAGCAAACUAAAACGUGUUUGGGAUGACUUAGAGUUCUUGGACAGGUUCAAAGCUUGGAUUUGGUACUAUCAUUGUCUGCUUUGGUGGAAAUGAAUAUCUCGUAUUGCAAUCUCUCUGACACUUUUUUCCCAAAUGACUGGAGUAGUCUGGUUUUACUGGAGAGGUUGAAUAUAAGUGUUCUAGGUCUGCCGAGAGCAAUAACUCCUUGGAAAAAGUACAGCUUCCAGAUAGUCAGACCCCAAUGAACUACAGGAACUGCACAAAGUUGUGUGAGAUCGAGAGUCGUUGGAAGGUUCGAUCAAUAGACAAAGUUGAUAGGAAAAUCAUAUGCUUUCUGGGCUUAGAAGUAAAUGCAAAAUCGGGUGAAGGAAUGGAGUUGGGUCUUCAGGUUUUACAUGAGUUUGGUAUAUUCAGCACAUAUGUUUCUGGAAAAGGAAUCCUUUCCGACUUUAUGUAUAAAGAAAGGGGCCCACAAAUUUCAUUCCAAGUUUCUUCGCAUAAUGAUAGAUCGAGAAUACGUGGCUUCAAUAUGUGUGUUGUGCUUUUUCCAUCAAGGAAAUAUGAAAAUUUUAUUUUGUGGAUAAAUGUACAUAACAUUACCAAGGAUUGUUUGUGGGAUUACUGGAGAGGUCUUCAGAAAAUCCCUAAGAAUGUGGAAAAUUAUGCAUGGUUGAGCCUGUGGAGGUGUGGUAAUCUAUUGGAGGCUGAAGAUCAAAUUCUCAUAAACAUCUAUGAUCUGGAAGCACACACUAGGAAUUGGAAAAUAGGGGGUGAACAUCUUCAUCCAGAUGUAGAGGAAUGUGUUAUAAACCUUAUAUAUGAAGAUGAUGAGGAACAACACACUACUAGAAAAAGAAUACAAGUCUUCAUUCAUCAUCAAAGAGCUCUCGACCAUAUAAUCAGUUUCAAACUGAUACAACAAAAAUAAAGAAAGCAUCAUAUGUGGGACCCGGAUUGUGAGGGGGUAAUGUGAAAAGUAGUGAAGAAAUGGUACCUGCAUUACAAUAUAUGGGUACAUUGUUUGACCUUUACAGAUAGGAGGGUCCAGAGUGACAACCACAAACGUGUGAGGUUGGUUAAACUGCAUCAGCAAACAGGGUAAUAUAGUCAUUUUAUUUUGUAAGUGAGUAAAACCAAUGACAAAAAUAUAUCAGGACUUAAAACAACUCUUUGCCAUGUGUAAAGGAGAACAACCGAGAACCUUAGGCAAGACAAAAACAUCGACUAGGCUGUUGUAUUGAAUUUUGAAAUCAGUGGCUUGCCCUUCAAGCCUUAAAAAGGAAAGGUAAAGUUCAACAUUGUAUCGACUGACCCCUGUAAUACAAAGAUACUCCCAUUAUAAUGCUUGAUAAAUAAGAUAAAAACCAAUUAUGACA